CUGGAGCAAAGCGACUGCAAUGUCUGCUAUCCAAAGAAGCCGACAGUGAAUGCUCUAUGCUUUCUGUUGUUGCAACUAGAUCUAGGAAAUAUUAAAUUGUGACGAUGUCGACUGAAACAGAGGAAGAAGGAAAGGAUGUAAAAACGGUUGGAGGGAUAUUGAAUCUGACUGGCAACGAUGAAUUGAAAUUUGGAUUGUUGAUCGGUUUGAUUGAACUGAAGCAAGUUACAAACAAGGAUGUCGUUGACACAGUCCUCCAUUUGCUUGUGGGCGAUGACUUUGACAUUGAAAACAACUUUGUCAUUCAAGACCCCCAGAACAUCGUGCAUAUGCUCAAACUACUGGCAUCAUGUCCCCACACUUUGCAGGCUGAGGUAUGGAGCGUGUUCACGGCCAUGCUGAAGAAGAGCCGCCGGAACCUGAACGCCUGCACGGAGGUCGGACUUAUCUCCCAGGCUCUCGCCCUGCUCGGAGAGGCAGAUGAAGUCUCUGCAG